UUUCCCAUCGUAACGAAGGUUUUUGCAAGACAAUUUGAGUUUAUUUCAUGGUUAAAUGCUUUACGAUGGUUUAUUUAGUUAUUUGAAUCUGGAAGAAGUGUGCAAAUUUCCCUUGAGACGAUAAAUAACAGAUCGGGUUGGGAUUUUAUUCCAAUAAAAGUACGGAAUAACUAAACAUGGCCUCGUUAAUACUGCUGCGUAAUGGGUCAGGUGCUGUUCCAAUUUUAUGAUUUAAGAGAUGUUAAAGCGAUACGCGAUGCUGUGAAGUACUCAAAUGUAUUUAUGAACUUAGUUGGUCGUGAAUUCGAGACAAAUUUUAAAAUCAAUGACGUGCUUGUGGAAGGUGCACGUCGCAUUGCUAGAAUCAGCAAAGAAGCUGGUGUAGAACGUUUGAAUUUGUCUGCUUUAAACGCUAGUCCCAAACCAAUGAGCUUUGUGUUUGAAGGUGGAAGUAACUUUUUGAAGAGCAAAUACUCCGGUGAGCACAUUCGGAUGUUGUACGAGCUAUUGUCAAUUGCGCUUAGGAUACCGAUACUGCUGGUCAGCUUUAUUAAGCUGUUGUACCAAAGCGUUACCAGUUGAGCGAAUUAAUUUAUUGGUUUCAUCGUGUUAUGCGCAAAAAUGAAAAAUGGUGUGGAUACCGUCGUUAAGACAUGCGUUGCGAUCCUAGCUUCUUAUUGUAAGCCAAGUUCACUGAGCUUAUCUGUCCUGAACAACCUAUUGGUGAGCUACAUACGGAACGUGUCGAUCGCGAAUGUAUUACCGAUGUCGUUCCCUCCGACAUACCGUGGUUGAAGAAUUUUGGUGUACAAUUGACCUCCAUGGAAGAGCAAGUACCAUGGGAAUUGUGACCAUAUCGUGCUGCGCAAUAUUAUGAUGCCGAAUUGGGAGAGUGGGGAGAACCAGCUCCACCAAAACCGAUAGAACAGCGGGAAGAACUACGCAAAUAAUAAACAACGCUCAUCAAAUGAAAGUUGGCAGCGUUGGUGACCAAGCAGCGAUUUGAAAAGAAACAUUUGCAUCAACGCGAAUUACAAUUCGUCUUUACAUCUAGUGAAUUAUGGUCGAUUAUGAAUGGUGUGGAAGUUGAUAUUUAAACUUAAAAAAACAAAUAAAUGUAAUUUGGCUAAUAA